AUGGAUGAUUUAUCCGAUGCAGAAGAAAAAUCUCACAUUCGUGUGGAACAUUUUAACCAUGAGAAACAGGAAUUUGAAGAAGUUACCCCUGGUAGUGUAGCGUCUAGUGGACUAGGACCUGGUGACACCAUUAUGAAAAUAGGCAAUGCCAAUGCCACUGGUUUAUCACAUAAUGAAGGACAAGAAAUUAUUCGAAAUUCUGGAAAUAUUUUACAGUUAACUAUUAAAAAACUGAGUGCUUCAUGUCAACCAGGACCUAUGUCUCCUAACCGUCAUAAUUAUGAUAGUCAAGUUUCGGCACAGCUUUACGAACAGCAACAGCAGCAACAUCAACAACAGCAACAUCAAGCUAGUCCUAGAGUUCAACAGCAACAGCAACCCGUCUCGUAUGGCCACAGUCUUUCUCAUGAUCAGUCAGAUCAACCUUAUAGAAUUCAGAUACAGCACACAAAAACUCCGUCCUAUUCUGACACUAAUUCUUACAACAGUCGGAGCUACGUGGAUAGUUCUUCUCAACAAGCUCAAAGCUACGGUAGUCCCGGUUAUCAACAGGACUAUCCAACUUAUGGACGACAGACGUCACAACAUAACAGAUCUCAGUCGGAUAAUUACCAGUCUUCUACUCCACAAUACAAUACCCCACAGUACACAACGCAGACAUCAACUCCACAGUACAGUUCUCAGACGUCUAGAGACUAUUCUUAUGGUUCCCAACAGCAGUCAACACCUAUAAAAAUACAGUUUCAGCCAAAUCCACAGCAAUCUUUUAGUCCUCGGUCAACACAACCAUCGUUUUCUGAUGGUUAUUAUGGAGCUAAUCAAACACAUUAUGGUUCAAGCCAGCCCAAGAGUCCACAAACUUCGUUUCAGCCAAAGUCUCCUUUCAGCCCGGGUGGUACCCCUUACUAUCAAGAAGAAGUGCAAUCACCUUCUUACAAAAGUCCAAUCUUGCCAGGUGGGGGAACUUUGAACAGAAGUCUCAGCCAGGAGCAACAGAAUCAAAGUAGUCCAUACUCAACUGGUCAGUAUAGUACGUUAUCUCCGACGGGUACAUAUAGUCGCAACGCAAGUUCGGAUUACAAUCAAACGGAUUAUUCACAAACGUUUCCAAGAACUUACAGUAGACAAUCAUCACAACCUCAACAAUCAUCGUCUUAUGUGAGUGAACAGCCACAGUACGGCUCACCAGCUAAACCAACAUUCUCACCGUCCGGUCCAUCUAGUUAUAACAGGAGUACCUCUCAAACAGGCCAGACUUAUGCUGAUGUGCUUCAACAAGAACAGCCAAGUGCGACAACUACAGCUACAUUUAGCCCAACAAGACAACAAAUGAAUCCUUUAAGUCCGUCAAGCCCAUCUUAUGGUGGUCACAAGCAACCAUCAUUUUUACAACAACAACCUGCUUAUGCAACUCAAAGUCAAAAACCAGCUUACGGAACUCAGAGUCAUCAGCCAGCUUACGGAAUUCAGAGUCAACAACCAGCUUACGGAAGCCAGCAACCAAGUUACGGUGUUCAGCCACAACCAAGCUAUGGAUCUCAACCAACCACACCACAAGCAGUACCUGCUGCACCCCAAUAUAUACCACCGGCUCCGGCGGCUCCAGUUGCUCCUGCUGCUCCCCCUGUCGCAGAUUUCACUGCUUUCAAUAACUCAUACUCUCCAUCACGACCUAGUUAUGGAGUAAGUCCAGACCUAUCCUCAUUGUCUUUGGACUCAUAUUCUACCGAUCAAGAUCAUUACUUACAAAGCCAACUAACAGAACCUAUAUCUGUUGCCCCUCCUGCCCCACCUGCCCCUGAUUUUUCUAUGCCCCCUCCUCCUCCUCCCCCUCCUGCAGGACCCCCUCCCCCACCUCCACCACCUAUACCAGGUUCGUUAGCUGACUGGCGUCCGGACGAUCAGAAAUCUGGAAGCGGUAGUACUAAUAAACAGGAUGGACCCAAAGUACCAGAUGGACUAAUAAGCGCCAUGAAUAAACCGGGUAAAAAACCGUUUUCGUAUGGAAUUGAUCUGGAGGAGUUGAAACAGAGGACAAGUCGCCAAGCACCUUCUGUGGCACAGAAAACCAAGAAGCCUGUAGCAGCACCAGCAGUAGGACCACCCAGUACAGCACCUAAACCAGGUAUGGCUAAAACAAAUGUAAUGCCAGGUGGUCCACCAGGAUCAGGUCAGACCUACAAGAAUCAGUCAGAGACUUUACGAAUGGUUCAAGAACGAGAUGCUAGUAAGUACCAGCCUCAGUCCGAAAUUGAUGAAAGUCAUAUACACGUGAAUCCACACGGUUCUAAAGGGAAACAAUCACUGUCAUUUAAAGUGCUGCAAUGGAUGACAGAUACAGAUGCAAAUGAGAAAGCUGAUGAGGUACCAGUCCAACAAGAACGACCAAAGAAACAACGAAAUCCACUGUUAAGACAUAAUUCAGAAGACGAUGAAAUGAGGUUUUCUGGUUUACACAGUAAAGCUGAUAUACCAUCUAAAGCCUUUGGUAGAUUGAAUAGUAUGACGGCUCAUGUUGAUUCUCCACCCCAGAAUACUCAGAAUGAUAAUGAUGGUGUAGAAGAAGUAGGUAACUACGAUCAAACCUCCAUCAGAUAUAAGGGAAAAUUCAUACCUUCACCAUCAUUUAGAGUUUUACAGAAUUGGGCUGCCCUUGAUACAGAUGUUGAAACACCAGCUCAGAGACGAGCUAAUAAAGGGGACGAUGAAGACGAUGGACUACCAGAUACUUUAUCUAAUGAAGAAAUAGUAGACGUGAGAUAUAAAGGUGGACAUAUACCAUCUAAAGUAUUUAGAUCAUUACAGAAAGCUGUUGGUGAUGACACACCCGAAGAAGCACAACCAGUUUCUCAGAAUGGUAUCAAAGUAAUUACUAAGGCUGCUCCACCAACUACUGUUACUAAAGAUAAUGCCGGGACGGAUUUUUAA